UUUCUUCUGUUUUCACUAUGGAAUAAACCUUUACUUUUUCCUAUCUAUAACAACAUGACUUUCAUGGAAGGGUGUUUUCAACGUUAGGUAGGUCUCAAAGCUGUGACUGUAGUUCGGUUCAGUUUCUUCUUGCCGACACCUUGACAUUCUAAGGGGACACUUGAAGACGCUCCUCGCUGCUGUUGACAGCUUGUCAGUAAGGAUCUAGAGGAAAAAGACUUGGACAACAAUUCGAAUUCUCUAUUAUCUCAUUGUUUAAUAGGAGGAAUGAAGGCUGUUACUUAAAAUGAUGGCAGUCAACAAAGGACAACAUUGUUGUUUAUCCAGCACGACAGACUUACAAGAGCACUAGUCUAAUUAUUUUUCUUACUUGAAUCGAAUGAAAAAUGAAGACAACGGAAACUGUAAUAUUUCCUUGUUUGGAUUAAAAUAAAGCCUCCAAAUAGCCACAAACAAAAACCACGAUCCUUAGGAACGUAGUAAUAUCACAACACUUUGUAACCUACGUCAAACGAUACUACGUCACGUAACUCCGAUGACCCCACCCCUCGCUUUUAACAGCCUUCCUCUUCAGAGGCUUGUGCGAAUACUGACGAGCUGCUGCUAAACUGCUUUUUACACUGUCGACAGCGGGAUAUUGUUUUAAUAUCGGUACACACCCCUCUGCUAUGACCCUGAGGCCUGUGAGCACAUGCGUUUGCUGCCUAUUCCUCCUGCUCCUCUCGGGAUCCUUUUCAGCCGAGUUUGAAGUCCGGGUUCCUACCACGCCGCAGGUGGCGAUCCAUGGACAACACAUGGUGCUGGAGUGCAGCUUCACCGUGGAAGGAGCUCUAGACAUGGGCAAGACCGUGAUUACGUGGCAGCGGGGACAUGAGGUGGUCCACAGCUUCUACUACGGGCAGGACCAGCUGGGCAGGCAGAGUCCGCGCUACGCCAACCGGACCAGCCUGUACCCCGCGGAGCUGGAGAAAGGCAACGCCUCCCUCCGGCUGCAGGGCGUGGGGCCAGGGGACGCGGGGGACUACACCUGCUCCGUCAGCUCUCUGAUGGGGAGCCAGAGGAGAACCUUUGCCCUGCAUUUUGCAGCUUUCUACACUGAACCCCGUCUGGAGAUCAAAGUGACCUGUUUGGCUGUAGAGCUCUCGUUGGAAUCACUGGGCUACCCUUGUGCCACAGUGCAGUGGGUAGAUGAAAAGGGAAACGAUGUCUCCAAGCAGGCGGUCACAAACUACCAACAGAAUGCUGAUGGACUCUUCAGGGUUUCCAGUACCUUAGCAGGAAAUAGAAGGGCCAACUCCUCUGUCCUCUUCAUCCUGCGGAACGCUGCUCUGAAUCAGGAAAUCAUCAGGGAGUUCAGCCUAGUUCCAGGAGAAGGUCCAACUGGUGAGCAGAGAUGCAGGUGGCCUCUCGUCGUGGUUGGUGCGCUGAUGGUGCCGAUUGUGUUUGCUGGAGCUUUGCUGGUGUGCUUGGACACCCCAAAGACAAUUCUGAAGAAUCUGCGACCGUGCCGAGGUGCCAGUGGGGGUGUGUGAGAUGGCUAAUCUGGGAAUUGAGAAACGGUGCCAAGACGCAAAGGCCACUAUGGUGCUGUGACGGAGAGGAGAAAUAUACCCCGUUCUGGAAGUGUUGAUCUCUUCAGGCCAGUGAGGAAGAAACCAGAGCUUUCUCUUUUCAAAGAGAAGUGAUCUGUGGCUUGGUGAAGACUGGCAUCUGUGCCUCAAUGCUCCGAGAGUACCCUGAAAUCUUGCAUAAUCUUUUAAACCUCAGUAUAGAAGAGAACAAAAAAGCCGGACUUGUUACUUAAUAAUGACUGGUUUUGGAGAUUAUUUUUUUACUGCCACUUUUAAGUAAUAGGUGAGAAUAUUGAUGGAAGACCAAAGAGAUAUAACUGUUUUUUAUAUCCACACCUGAAGAAGGCUCCACGGCCGAAACGUUGUUCUCUUUCUUCUUUUUUUCAGCA